AUGUCCGCAGAUGCGCUCAUCGAGGAAUUCGAGGUAACAUAUCGUGCAUCGCUCGUAGCAUUACUCAGCACGCGUGAUGCUAGGUCUUGGAAGCCAUAUACCCGUCAGAACUCACUAGUUGGUGCUUUUUGCGCGCUCGGUAAUUAUGAUCAAACCUACGUCCAAGAAAUCUCGGAAUCGGUCAUCGAAAUUGAUGUCGAACCAGAAGAAGACAUGGAGAGCGUAGAGCUCAUCAAACUCAAGCUACAAGUCGCGUACGGACCCGACUAUCCAGAUGUACUUCCCCAAUUAUCACUCCACCCUCUCGACGACGGUGGUGAGAUCGAUGACGAAGAAAUUGCAAUGCUACUCAAGGAUCUCUACUCGGUGGGCGAAGAAAAUCUCGGAAUAGCCAUGACAUUCACAUUAGUGUCCCAUCUACGAGAGCGCCUAGCUGCAUUCGUAAAGGAGCGGGCGGAGAGGAUACGCAAGGAAGAAAUGGAAAAGGAACGACUGGCGAUUGAGGCAGAGGAGGCUAGAACUCGUGGGACUGCUGUUACUCAUGAAUCUUUCAAGGCCUGGAAAAUCAAGUUUGACCAAGAGCAAGCGGCAGCCAAGCGCGCUAAUGAUGAGGAGAAAUUGCGGGGACUGACAGCCAAAGAACGCGAGGAAAGCAGGCGUGCUGCAACACGUCUCUCUGGCCGACAACUAUUCGAGGGCAAUCGUAAUCUGGAGGAAGAUAGUCUGAUGGAGGAAGGCACCGUCUCUGUAGACGUGAGCCAAUACGAUCGCUCAAACCGGGACGAUGAGCCAGAGGAGGAAGAGGGCAUCACGUUUAGCGACAGCGAUUGA